CAUCAUUGCACUCACUGGUACGGGCAGACGGGCAGCUGAUCGGCAAUUUGUCAUUUCUUCCCGCGCCUUUCACGAUCAUCUCCACCUCCACCACCGCCGGGUAAACCCUAAUUAGACAGAGAAAAGGUACGAAGAUGACGCUAUCGGAAGAAGAAAUGAAGCGUUUGUGUCGGAUCCGCAGAACUGUUAUGCAAAUGCUGAGAGACAGAGGUUAUCUGGUUGGAGAAUUCGAGAUCAAUAUUGGAUUAAACGAAUUCGUCAGGAAAUUCGGUGAAAACAUGAAAAGAGAAGAUCUCAUAAUCAGUAAAGCCAAUGCCAAUGAUUCCUCCGAUCAGAUCUAUGUCUUCUUCCCCGAUGAACCAAAGGUUGGUGUUAAGACCUUGAAGACUUACAUUGAACGCAUGAAAUCAGAAAACGUAAUCCGAGCAAUAUUGGUCGUGGUUGAAAAUCUUACACCAAUUGCCAGAAACUGCAUGAGUGAGAUCGCUACAAAGUUUCAAUUGGAAGUUUUCCAGGAAGCAGAGUUGUUGGUGAAUGUUAAAGAUCAUAUUUUAGUUCCUGAGCACCAGGUGCUUACAAAUGAAGAAAAGAAGACUUUGUUAGCAAGAUACACUGUCAAAGAAACACAGCUGCCACGAAUUCAAGUGUCGGAUCCAAUAGCACGGUAUUACGGGUUAAAACGUGGUCAAGUUAUGAAAAUUAUUAGGCCAAGUGAGACGGCUGGACGUUAUGUCACCUACCGCUAUGUUGUUUGAAUUUUGAAUUCCUCAAUUUUUGAAAGAUUUUUUUUUUUUUGGC